CUGUUGUCCAUGUCCCUAGCUGGAGCAGGUCAGCCGUGUCGAGACUCUCGGAACAACAGUGUCCCGUCACUAGGAAGAUGGUCUCCGGAGACAGAAGGCUGAUCUUUCCGCGUGGGGAGGCACGCGAACACGCUCAAUUCCUCGGGCGGCGCAGGGUCGGCGGCAGGGAGGGCUGCCAACAUCCACCACCACCAUCGCCAUGUCCGCUGCCAAACCGCUGUUGGCUGCCGGACCUGCGGAUGACGGAGGUAUCUACGGCGCUGGAGGUGCAGGAUCGUACGGGUCCGUGAACACUGUGGCAGCGACCUCUUGGUCUCGUCGAUGGCUGAAGCCGUCGCCCAUAUGGAUUCUCGCCUUGUCUGCGACGGCGGCCAUCUCGACGUCCGGCGUCGUCGCGCCCCGCUUUGAAAUAUACACCCGCACAAUCUGCCAGGUCUACGGCGUCGACGCCACCUCCCGUGAAUGUCUGACGGACCCCACGGUCCAGGCGGCUGUGGCACGACUGAUCGCGGUGUUUACAACUAUAUCGGGCCUGCUCACAACACUAACCACCGCAUGGUGGGGCUCUCUAUCUGACCGACAUGGGCGCAUGUGGGUGCUGGGAUUCAACGUCGCGGGCCUCUUGGUGUCCGACAUCAGCUUCCUCAUCGUGGCCGAUUUCUGGGACAAGCUCCCGGGGACGUACUGGUGGUUCGUCAUUGGACCUGCCGUGGAGGGCCUGGUGGGAGCCGUCUCGGUGGCCUCGGUGAUGAUGCACGCUUACAUCUCUGACUGUUCUGACGCCGCGACGCGGUCACGAGCUUUCUCCCAGCUAAUGGGACUUCUAUUCUUCGGCAUGAGCGUUGGGCCCCUGCUGAGCGGCUUCAUAAUGCGCGCGACGCACCGUCUCUUCCCCGUGUUCUACGCGACGACGACGAUCGACGCCAUCGUGGCGCUGUUUGUCUGGUUCAUCAUCCCGGAGUCCCUCUCUCCGUCUGUGAUGCGGGAACGUCGCGCCGCGCAGGCGCAACAGCUGGGCACCCCCGCUCCUGGUGUGAUCAGCAAGCUGAAACGCUGGGGUGCCAUGUUCGACGUCGUCUCUCCGCUCGCGGUGCUGCUGCCGAAGAAGGUCGAGACGCCUAGCAAGGGUAAACGUGUAGACUGGAACUUGACUUACCUGGGCGCGGCCUAUGGAUUUGGAACAUUGGUGUUGGCGUCCGUGUAUCAACAAUUGCAAUAUGCAUCUCUUACUUUCGGAUGGACUUCAGAAAAUAUCAAUUAUUGGAUAGGUGGCGUCAACAUAUCUAAGGCAACCUACCUCACAAUUGUCUUCCCGGGCAUCGUCAAGCUCCUCACUUACAUAUGGCAACCGGCCGGCAAGCCGUCAACGCCUGCGGUGGAAUCCGAGCCCCUCUUCCUCCCCUCUGAAGAGCCAGAGCAGUCUACGACCGUCCCUGCGCCCAAAAAACGCCUCCGAGCUGCGUCCCUGGAUCUAAUACUCGCGCGGGCGGCGCUGGUGACCGACAUCAUCUUCUACGCACUCACGCCGAGCGCAGCCACCGCAGCGCUCUUCGCGGUCUACAGCAUGUGCAUCUCGCUCGGCGCGAGUUUCGGGCCAGUGAUGCAGAGUCUCGGGCUGGAGCUAUACGCACGUCGCGGGGGCGCAGACACGGGUCGUCUGCUGGGCGCGCUCACCGUCGUCUCCGCUCUGAGCUCGCACAUCGUCGGCCCAACGUUGUUUGGGCUGACGUACAUGCGGACGGUGGCGACUGUGCCGGGCGCGAUCUACUUCCUGUGCUGCGCGUCGCUGUUUGUGAGCUUGCUGCUGCUGAUGCUCAUCCGGCUGCGGGGGACAGGCGCGGUUGAGCAGGAGCCAGCGGACACGACCGCGUGGGAGGGGCCAGGUGGAAGGGAGACCGCGGCGGUACCUGCAGAGUAGGCGCUUCGAUGCCGCCACCGGUAAGGUUGGAAGCACGGUAAGAUCGUGGAUUGUGGCGUUGUGUACCUACUAGUAUACUACCAAUAGUCGUGC